GGGCCAGAGUCGAGCCUGGUGGGCGGCGGGAGGCACGGGGGACCCGGCCGGCGGCAGCGGUGGCUUCUGCUUCGCCGAGCCGGGACGCCGCCAUCGGCCGGCGGGCUGCACCUUCAUAGGCUGCUGCUCCCUGGGGAUCGGUGCACCGACAUCCUCCAGGGCUUUGUCACUCUCCGCCGCGGGCGGAGCCUACGGACCUGCCCUCGCACCCCGCGCGCCCAGCCCGGCUCAGCCUGGCCGUGGGAACCCCAGUGCAGCAUCCUCCAACCGCUCAUGCUGAAGCUGGUGGCGAGUGGCCAGUCUGCCGCUCAGCGACCUCAGCCUGGUCCCCCGCGAGUCGCCAGAGCCGCUCCCCACGAUGGCUGAGCCUGGGGCCCCGCGUCCCUCUUUGGCUCAGCUGGGACCGAGCCGCGCCAGGUGCCCCCGGUACCCCCGCUGAUCCGCUCCAGGCCGGGGAUAGCAGGGCCCGAGCUCCCCCACCCCUUGCCUCCCCGCCGCGCCCUUCCCCUCCGCCCUCUUUACUGCUGUUCCCCGGGGCUAGGGGCUAGGGGAUCUAGACAAAGCUCCACUUUGUGCGGGAGGCGGGCGUGGAAUGUGUGCGGCGGCGCGCGCCCCCUCCCCGCCCCGCCAGCUGCGAGUCUUGGCACCCGGAAGGGUCGCGACAGAGAAGUCGCCCCCGGCGCCGCGUCCCCCCCCCCCCCCCGCAUCCCCGAUCCCUGGGGUCCAGACUGGGAGCUCACGCGGGCCCCCUCCGCUCGCUCCAGUGUGAGUGUGCAAGGAUUCCGUAGAAGAAUUUCUUCUCUCCAAAACGGGGAGUGGGCACCGGUGCCUUGGGCCUCCUUUUCAGCAUUGCUUCAAGAGCUGUCUGGCCUCAGUCUCCCCACCCCCGGAACCCCACUUUUCUCCUCUCAGCCAUUCUAGAUCGCUGCGGAUCAUUGUUCUUGCUGCCAAAUGGGGGUGCUUUGUACAGACUGCCAAGUUGGGGUGUGUUCUCUUCAUCCAGUUUUUCUAACAAAACAGGGCUUCUAAAGCGAACCCUAGGCAACCCACCUGGCCAUCACUCCAAGCUGAUGCGCUGAUUCUUUCUUACCAAAUAGUAUUUUAUUGUAUAGGAGCCACGCCCUGGUUUCUUAAAGGCGCCCGGCACUGUUUGGCCAUGUGUUAUCUUUAUAGCGGGUGUGUGGGAAGCCUCCUGUGAGGCACUUAGUUUUCCCGCCUCCUGAUAUAUCCUCCCACCCCCAUCGAGGAUUUAGGGAUGCCAGGGGGAAAGAAGGUGGUCCCGAGUGGCAGCAGCGGUGCCUCCCCGAAUGCAGCCGCCAGUGCUGCUGCUGCUGCCGCCUCCCACUCUGGCAUUAAACGUUUGGAGACCAGCGAAGGGGCCUCAGCACAGAGAGACGAGGAACCAGAAGAGGAAGGGGAAGAGGACCUACGAGAUGGAGGUGUCCCUUUCUUCGUCAACCGAGGUGGACUGCCAGUGGACGAAGCCACCUGGGAAAGGAUGUGGAAGCAUGUGGCCAAGAUCCACCCGGAUGGAGAGAAGGUGGCCCUGCGGAUCCGUGGGGCCACGGACCUUCCCAAGAUUCCCAUACCAAGUGUGCCUACUUUCCAGCCGACGACACCCAUCCCCGAGCGCCUGGAAGCCGUGCAGCGCUACAUCAGGGAGCUGCAGUACAAUCACACAGGGACACAGUUCUUUGAAAUUAAGAAGAGCAGACCUCUGACAGGGCUGAUGGACCUGGCCAAGGAAAUGACCAAAGAGGCUCUGCCAAUCAAAUGCCUGGAAGCUGUGAUCCUGGGAAUUUACCUCACCAACAGCAUGCCCACCCUGGAACGUUUCCCCAUCAGCUUCAAGACCUAUUUCUCAGGGAACUACUUCCGCCACAUUGUGCUGGGGGUUAACUUUGGGGGCCGCUAUGGAGCCCUGGGCAUGAGCCGAAGGGAGGACCUGAUGUAUAAACCUCCAGCCUUCCGCACACUCAGUGAGCUCGUGCUGGACUACGAGGCGGCCUAUGGCCGCUGCUGGCAUGUGUUGAAGAAGGUAAAGCUGGGCCAGUGCGUAUCCCACGACCCCCACAGCGUGGAACAAAUUGAAUGGAAGCACUCGGUGCUGGACGUGGAGCGGCUGGGUCGGGAGGACUUCCGCAAGGAGCUGGAGCGGCACGCCCGAGACAUGCGUCUCAAGAUUGGCAAGGGGACAGGCCCUCCCUCUCCCACCAAGGACCGGAAGAAGGAUGUUUCCUCCCCACAGAGAGCCCAGUCCAGCCCGCACCGCAGGAACAGUCGCAGUGAGAGACGGCCGUCAGGGGAGAAGAAGCCUGCAGAGCCCAAAGCCAUGCCAGACCUCAAUGGGUACCAGAUCCGGGUGUGAGGCUGCUGCCAGCACCCCCAGGCCUCCUCUGCUUCUGGAGGCCCUGACCUACCUGCAGGAAAGAAUCUACUUCCUUCAGGCAGGGGCUGGUGAUCAGGUGGGCUAGGAGUGGGAGGCAGGAAGGAUGCCUUGCAGAUCAGCCCCAGGUGACUUCCCCUCUCACGGAGCCAAGCCCCUAACCUUGGGCCAAGAAGCAGUUAGUAUUUUAUUUGGAGUUUUAACCCUACAACUGAAGUUUAAGGUAUUUGGAGGGAAAGGCACGUGGAUAUGCUGGUAGCUGGCAAGGCUUGCUCUCUCUGCGCACCCUGUGGCUUGGGGAGGAGGGCUUGCUGGCUCUGUGGUGCUCCAAUCAGCAGUGAUGAGGUUGGCGAGCCUUGCCAGUCUGUGGGGUGAGGGUGGGGUGGGGUCGGGAUGGAGAAUCAUGACCCAGGGAAGGGAAGCAGGAUAGGGGUCCCCCUGAGAAAGGUCCAUGUAGUCCUCAAAUCAGGAACGUGGCAGAGGACACAUCUGUUUAAGAUGGAAGCCUAUGACCCAGGAGAGGCCUUGGGUCAGUGUGACUCUUGACAGCACUGAGCCCCUCCCAACACAUACACAGGCACAUAGCCAUAUGUCACCAUAGCCAGUGUGGGAUUAAGCUAUAGGCAAACAAGGAGAGGACUGUUCAGGGAAGAGUUCCUGGCCGCCAGCACACUAGACUGGUUCAGUCUAGUCUUGACUAUUGCUGCAGCCUGGGGACUCCUUGCAGAAGGGCUGGACUUUGUAGAGCACCCAGAAUCGCACUGAGGAUACCAUGACCUUAAGAAACUGCCUGGGGGUGGGGUAGCUGAGUGGGGGCCUCUAGUUGUGUGAGUGGGCUCUUCUCUCCCGUUCUAAUCGUCUCAGCCCUUGCGGGGGAAACAAGACCAGGAUGCCUAUACCCAAGGCCCACCUUCCCUGCCUUAGCUGCCCAGUUAGGCUUGGGGUGGCAGCCAACUUGAGUGGACGCAUCCGGAUCCGUGGGGCACUGGAAGGGAGGAGGCCAGGCAGGCAGCAGCAGGCGUUGUCUCUCCCCGGCCCUCAGGCAAGAGAUCCCGGAGAGGGGCUGUCAGGGCUGGGGGAGGAGACCCAGGAGCUGGGAGUGUAAGUGAGACAGUGGGAAGCAGUGCAGGAAGGGGCCGCGUGGGGCCUGCGUUCCCUGCAGCACAGACAGUACUUGUCAGGUUGCUGGAGGCUUUAAGUGACAGGAUAGCAGGAUGAGGUGACCAUGAAUGGGCUUUCCUGAGAAGCAGAGUCAGCCAGAGCAGCUGCCUUGUGACUGCAGAGGGUAGAGGGCUUGGAUAAGAGCAACCGAACUCAAAUGCCUGCAGGGCCAGUGGAUAAUGAGGAAGAGUGUUGGGGGGCGACUGUGUCCAAGAAAGAGCACACCCCGUUAAAGUGGGCUGCUGUGUUCUGCUGUUCCCACAGGGCAGACCCUAUGAGGUAGUUUGGGGGGGGGGUUGCUUUGUUUUUUUUUGUUGUUGUUGUUUUGUUUUUUUAAGGCCAAGGCUCUGAAUUAGAACAUGAAUUGUAAUUUUUAAAAAUUAACAAUCCGUUCAAGAAAUGAUCGCUAUAGGGGAGAAUAGCAGGCCUCUCGGGUAGAGAGCUUGGACUGGUUCUGGGGAGGCUCCUGUGGCACUGUGCAUGGAAAAGUGGCAGUUCUAAGUUUCCCAGAGGCAGAAAGGGCCCGCUUCCUGUGUCAUCCCCCUUACCCCACCCUACAGAGACCAUGCGUGUGGUUGCUGGCUCACCAGAGGGGGUACAAUGGGAUAGAAUGGUGAAGCUCAUGCCUGCCAGGAAAUGGAUGGUGGCUGGAAGUAGAGAGGAGGGAGGGGGAGAGGGAAGGGGAGGAGGGAUGCCUUUGCUGCUGACCUGUGUCGCACAGAGGUUGGCUGCCCAUCACACCAACAGUUCCUAGACCCAGAGCCAGGCCCGUGGAACCCAGCACAAGGAGGCAUGGGGGGCUGGCUGCUUUGUCCCUUGCAUCACCUGCUUCCUCCUGGGGUCAGAGGGUCCCUGGGAAGUGCAUAGCUUUCCCCUAGGCUAUACCCCUGGCUAGGCCCAUGGCUGGAGCCCCAAAGGAGCAUAAGACUAUUGGAUCUGCCUCAGAGUUCAGGAAGUAGGGCAGUGAUCCCCAUGUUCCUGUGCCCACCUUAAGCGGUACAAGGCUGGACAAGAUCUUUUUUGGAUCUGAACGUGGCUGCUUAUCCGUAGCCCUGUAUGUCUCUGGGAAUGUCAAGAUGUGACAGAAUAUGGGAGAAAGAGCUGUAAGGGGAUCUGGAGUUAGGUAUGUGGCCCGGGAAAGAAGGGAGCAGGUGGGUGGGGCACUGACUUGUUCCGGGUGUGGGGGAACAGUUGAUGGCCAGUGUGACCCCCCCCCCCAUGCUGUUCACCUCUCCUGAGCUAAGGACCUCCGGCCUAUGAAGACUGUCAUGGGCCACCGUGGUGCUUUUUAUUUUUUACUCUUUAGUCGUAUGUAGCAAGUCAUCCUCCCCUCUGGGGCCGUUUACACAUGCUGUGCUUUCUGGGGGCUGGCCUGGCUGGAUGGCUUCUGGCAGAGGCAGGGGCAGGGACUUUGGGGCCUUAGUGACCACCAUUGCAUCACUUCAUCUCACUUCCUGUGAGGGACAGGGAUCUGGCAGGUGUGACCCCAGGCUCCUGGCUCACACCUGCCUUAGCUUCUCAGACCCGCCCUUGGGGACUGCUGGCUGAGGAGGGUCAAGGUGAGGGCAGAGGUGUUGGUCAGAACACUGGGAAGCCGUCUUCAGAGAACUUUCCUCUCCACCCAGCUACCGGCCAGUCCUUUCCCUCCAAAACCUCACAUUCCCAUGCUCCCCUGUUCCCUCAUGCCAGCCACCCAUCCUUAGUGGGCAUGGCCAAGUGGGCAGAGCAGCAGCUCCCUGGCCCCAGACUCGAUGAUGAAGCCUAGAGACCGGGUACUGAGGAGCAGACUCAGAAAACAACCAUGGCUGAUGUCUAGUCCUGUCGUAUUACGCCCCAUCCCCUGCCAGGUGGGAUGACUUCCGGCUCAAGGGAAUAGGUCUGAUGAUAGCUGUGCAGUGGGUGCCCUGAGGACUGUGUGUAUGUAUCCCUAGCUGUCCUGCCUGGAAUGAAUUCUGGCUUAACGCAUGCCUGCCCCACCCUGACAUGCUGCCAGUGGUGUUAAGAGUGCAAGGAUGUGCAGGUGAGAACCAAGAAGCCAGAGGUGUAAAAGGCAAGGCUAUUCUAGGAGGAGUAGGUGGGAGCUAAGGGUUAACCCUGCCAGGUACCACAGCGUUCCCCCCAGCAGCUCGGGGCAGGUGGGGUUGCCACAGGGUUAGCUGCAAGUCCCCUGCUAGGACCCUCUCACUCCGUCCAGCUCAGUGCUUUGGGGUCCCAAGCCUCCUUGUUAAGUCUAAAGAGAAGUCUGGAUAUAGUCGAGCCCUGGGCCCAUAAUGAUGGACAUCCACCCCCUGUGCUUUGUCCGACUGCUGUGCUGUCCUAGAUGUCGUUACCCGUCUUUUUGUCAGUAUUACCCCCGCCUUUCACCGCAUACUGUCUCAUUCCUUUCUCACUUUCUUCCCCGAAAUGAAUAAAGUCUUCCCAGCUCCUCUUGUAUGGGCUGGCAGAAA